AUGAAAUCAAUUCCGGCAAAAAAGAGAAACAACGUGCGGGAAAGUAGAUAUGAAGAAAAGGAUAUUAGGAUAGGAAAAGGAUGGAGAAGACAGGUGCAUCAAGGAAGGACGGGUAACCACCUGCAUGAUGACAGUGUCAUGGCCGAUAACGCACUCACCUAUUGUCGCCCGCGGGCCACGGUAUCUGAUAAAUCGCUUCCUCUGCCUCGACUCUCCGAGAUCGCGGGACGGAAUAAUCCAGUAUCGGAGCUCUUCCGGUCGAUGCCAUUUCCUGCAAUAUACACCCCCUCACCCGCCCCAAGGGAACGGCAACAGGGAAUGGAAAAAUUACACUCUAUUUCCUGA